AUGCAUCCUCUGUACCCACCUCCUCUGUACCCACCUCCUCUGUACCCACCUCCUCUGUACCCACCUCCUCUGUACCCACCUCCUCUGUACCCACCUCCUCUGUACCCACCUCCUCUGUACCCACCUCCUCUGUACCCACCGCCUCUGUACCCACCUCCUCUGUACCCACCUCCUCUGUACCCACCUCCUCUGUGCCCACCUCCUCUGUGCCCACCUCCUCUGUACCUAUGUCUCUAUUGA